AUUGGUUCUCACCAGCCACAGUGCAUCGACUCGAGAGACAAGUUGUUCCACAUUUUUUCUCUGGAAAAUUGCCUGACCGCACUCCUGAGAAAUAUAUGGAAAUUAGGAAUUUUGUUGUUGCCAAAUACAUGGAGAAUCCUGAGAAAAGGGUCACAGUUUCAGAUUGCCAGGGAUUGGUUGAUGGUGUCAGCAAUGAAGAUUUAACUCGAAUUGUUCGAUUUCUUGAUCAUUGGGGUAUUAUUAAUUAUUGUGCUCCAACACCUAGUUGUGAACCAUGGAAUAGCAAUUCAUACUUGAGAGAAGAUAUGAAUGGUGAGAUUCACGUGCCAUCAGCUGCUUUGAAGCCGAUUGAUAGCUUAAUCAAAUUUGACAAACCAAAAUGUAGGCUCAAGGCAGCUGAUGUCUAUUCUGCACUUUCAUGCCAUGAUAAAAAUGAUGGCCUAUCUGAUUUGGACAACAGAAUUCGAGAGCGUCUAGCUGAAAAUCAUUGUAGCUGUUGUUCUCAGUCUGUUCCCAUUGCAUACUACCAGUCACAGAAGGAGGUUGAUGUCUUACUUUGCUCCGACUGCUUCCAUGAAGGCAAAUAUGUUGCUGGUCAUUCAAGCAUUGAUUUUCUGAGGAUGGACAUGUCAAAAGAUUAUGGUGAACUAGAUAGUGAAAAUUGGACUGAUCAAGAAACUCUAUUGCUUUUAGAGGCGAUAGAAUUGUAUAAUGAGAAUUGGAAUGAAAUUACAGAACAUGUUGGGUCCAAGUCUAAAGCUCAAUGCAUUAUACAUUUUCUGCGUCUAUCAGUGGAGGAUGGCCUAUUAGAAAAUGUUGAUGUGCCGGGCGUUUCUCUCUCAUCCAAUUCUUCUCAUGGGGAAGAUAAUGAGAAGUCACAUUCAAACAUGAAUGGAAACGUAGCAGGAUCUUCCUCUCAAGAUAAAGAGAUGUAUGAUAGGCUCCCUUUUGCUAAUUCUGGGAACCCAGUCAUGGCGUUGGUUGCUUUUCUCGCAUCUGCUAUUGGACCAAGAGUUGCUGCAUCAUGUGCUCAUGCAUCCUUAGCUGCACUAUCUGAGGACAGUGUAGCUGCUUCUGGGAGCAUAUUUCAAACUGAAGGUUCUGGAAAUGCUAAUAGGCCGAAUGUGGAGAGCACACAUGGCAGAGACGGUGGCUCCUAUGGAGAACUCCCAAAUUCAGUCAAGCAAAAAGAUGAGAAUAAGUCAGAGGCAGAGGUAACACUAUUAUCUGCUGAAAAGGUUAAAGUUGCUGCAAAAGCAGGCCUUGCUGCUGCCGCAACAAAGGCAAAAUUGUUUGCUGACCAUGAAGAACGAGAAAUCCAACGGUUGUCUGCUAACAUCAUAAACCAUCAGUUAAAAAGAUUGGAGUUGAAGUUGAAGCAGUUUGCAGAAGUAGAAACCUUCUUGAUGAAGGAAUGCGAACAAGUCGAGAGGACAAGGCAGAGGUUUGUUGCCGAGCGAGCACGAAUGUUAGGUGUCCAAUUUGGACCUGCUGGAGGAGUUACCGUGCCUGCGAGUUUACCAGGCGUUAUCCCUUCCAUGGUAAACAAUAAUAACACAAACAGUAGGCAGAGUAUGAUCACGCCUCAACCUUCGCAGCCGGGCGUUUCUGGGUAUGGCAACAACCAGCAACUUCAUCCCCACAUGUCGUACAUGCCCCGGCAGUCAAUGUUCGAUUUGGGGCAAAGGCUACCCUUAUCCGCGAUUCAGCAGCAGCAGUCUGGGACAACUUCCUCCAAUGCCAACAUGUUCAAUGGCCCAAGCAAUGCCCAGCCUCCUCUCAGUCACCCGAUGAUGAGGCCGGUUACUGGAUCCAGCUCUGGAUUAGGCUGAAAGAAGAGAUACUUGAAUUGAUUGGUUUCCUUUCAGGUUGAUUAUUUGUGCAGCCGUGAAGAGAGAGCAGGGCAAAGAAAAAUGAUAAUCUUCCGUGAGAAAAAGUUGUUCAUUCGUUUAACUUUUUCUUUUUUGGGAGCAAAUAGGGGAAUUAACCGACGCGAUUGUAGGGAUUGUAACUGCAUUCAAUUAGAUGUAAAAAAAGGAAAAAAGAAAAAAAAAAGAAGAGAAAGUUCGCUGUUUCAAGUAAAAAACCAAUUAUGAAAGUGCUUCCAUUGUUUUUGUUUUA